UGGCUCGAGGGGCUCACGCCUCGUAAACCCGAGUUGCGCAUGCUCGUGGAAACUGCGUGAUGGCGGUGUAGGCAAGGCACAGUGCGUCAGUCUCAGUUUAUUCCCGUCAGGAACUGGGAAGAGAACGGGAAUACGCUGCAGGAAAAAAAGGGAAAUAAAAAAAACUGUCUCGGCGUACCAAAAAAAGCAUUCUUGCCGUUACUUCGUUGCUGGCUUUCUAAGCAAUCACAUGAGAGCUCAGCUUUACCGAAGUGUUCCCCGCCGCCUGCUGCACUCUGGCAUUACUGCGGAGCUGGUGUCAAUGAAUGCUCUGCUUUACCAUGAUGACGGACCAGCCACACCCCCCUCUGGAGGCCACGCCCAUGCUGUCUGACGUGUCUCUUGUUCCUCACAUGCUCAAUGGAGAUAGCAUGCAGCAGAUGAUCCUGGUUCAGGUGAAUCCUGGGGAGACCUUCACGAUCCGUACAGAGGAUGGGCAUGUCCAAUGCAUCACAGGUCCAGCACAUGUGCCCAUGGUCUCCCCCAAUGGCACCAUGCCUCCCAUCUUUGUGCCUCCUGGCUAUAUGUCUCAGGUGGUGGAGGAGAACGGCAUGCGGAAAGUGGUGGUUUUGCCCCAUGCCGCCGAGUUCCACCCCUCCAUGCCCCUGCCACCGCUGCACGUGCCACAGUACCUCCACCCCCACCCCGCGAUGCUUCACCAGCACCCCAUCUAUCCCAGGGAGAUGCCCCCCCAUUUUGUUCAUCAGCUUCCCCCUCCACAGAUGUACAGUGAGCCGGACGUGCCAUGUCAUGGUGUGUCUCUGCCCCCACGGGACGAGCGUGCCACAAAGCCGCAGGAGCACCUACACCGCCGCCUGAACGCCAGUAGCAGUGUGCGGGUCUCUCGCAGCCCCCCCUCAUCCCCACUGAAGGGCCCUCCCCCUGCUCCUGUCCACAACGGGCACAACAAGAGCGGAGCGACGCCAGCAGCCUCCCCGGGGCCCGCGAAACCCAAACUCCCCAGCAAGACCUCGGCGUCGCCGCCGCCGGACCGAGAGAAUGCCGGUGAGGUUGUCCGUUCGGAUCUGCAAGCGUGCGCAGACGUGGUGACUGAAAUAAGGACGGUGAUGGAGCUGCUUUCAAGCAUGAGCAAACCCACUGUGCACAGCAUUACAUCUUGCUCGGCCGACCUGUCCUGGGCCUCCCCAGCUGGCGUGCGGAAUGUGGACACCCCCAGUGCACAGGCACCCCUGAUCCUCAGCUAUGAGCUGGCUUUCUCUCAGAGCGGCACUCAGGGCAGUUUCACCCCUGUAUAUGUGGGUGGGGAGACCUCUUUCACGCUGGAAGACCUGCGACCAGCCACGGGUUACCACGUCAGGGUCUGUUCCUCCUGCGGCUCCGUGAAGGGCUCCCCCUCCGAGGCAGCCGGCUUCACCACACAGAGUGCCCCCCCGGAUGCCCCGGCCCCUCCCCGGCUCAUCGUGCGCAGCAAAAGCUCUCUGGUGUUGCAGUGGAAGGCACCCAGCGACAAUGGCUCAAAGAUCACUGGGUAUCUCCUAGAGUUUGAUGAGGGAAAGCAAAGUGCCUUCAAGGAGAUUUACUUUGGGCAUUCCAAACAGUACAAGAUCAUCAGACUGAGCCCUUCAACAAAAUAUUCCUUCAGAAUAGCUGCUAAAAAUGACGUGGGGAUGAGCCCUUUCAGCGAGGUGCUGACAUGCUGCACCGCUGGCAGUGCUCCUCAGCCACCAGCACCCCCCCGUCUGGCUGCCGCAGGCGUGUCCUGGCUGACCCUGGAAUGGAGCGCCCCCUGUGGGCCUGCCUCUGGAGAUGCGCAUACCUACACCCUGGAAAUGGAGGAGGAGGGAACGGGCUAUGGUUUCAAGCCCAAACACAACGGGGAGGAGCUCUCCUGUACUGUAAAAGGCCUCCGAAGGAGCACAUCCUAUAAGUUUAGGGUGCUAGCAGCCAACACGGAAGGUCGCAGUCAGCCCAGCGCGGCGGUGGAAUUCGUCACCCAACCUGACAAGCCCGGUGCCCCCAGCCGGCCCGCUCUGAAGGCCCCAGCGCAGCCGCACUGCCUUCGUGUGGCCUGGGACACACCCAAAGAUGGAGGCGGCUCUGAGAUCAAGCAGUACGUGCUGGAGAUGAGCCAGAGUGACAGUGGGAGCCCGUGGGCCGUGGUGUACAGUGGGCCACAGAGGGAACACGUGUGCGAGGGCUUGGAGCCAGGGACCUGCUACAGCCUUAGAGUCUACUGCCAGAGCGCUGGGGGGCAGAGCCAGGUCUCAGACGUCCUCUUGGGGCAGACGGCUCCCGUACCUCCUGGGCCGUGCCAGGCGCUGCAACUCAGGGGGAAGGCCAAGCCACGGGAGAUACCCCUGACCUGGGCGCCCCCCGUGUGGGACGGUGGCGCGUCCAUAUACCAGUAUACAGUGGAAAUGGCGGAGUCUGCGGGGGGGCCCCGGUGCCCCCUGUACCAGGGCCUGGAGACUGACUGCACUGCCAGCCACCUGCUGCCCGGUCACUCAUACUGUUUCUGGGUGAAAGCAGCCAACCAGGCCGGGUGGGGUCCACUGUCAGAGAUGCAGGAGCUCUCCACAGCCCCAGGGCCAGCAGAGCAGUGUGGUCCUCCAGAGCUCACCCUGAAGACGGCCAACUGUGUGCUGGCCAGCUGGGAGGUCCCUGCCUGCAACGGGGCAGAGGUGUCUGAAUUCCGACUGGAGUGGGGGGCUGCCGAGGGCGCCCUCACGCUAGCGUACUGCGGCCCGUCACGCAGUUAUGAAGCUCGCGGCCUGCUCCCCGCUACAGUUUACUACUGCAGAGUUCAGGCAGUAAAUUCUGCAGGCACAGGGCCCUUUGGGGACGUUGCCAUGGUGACAACGCCACCAUCAGUUCCAGCUGCGGUACGGCUGGUGGAGGUGGUAGGUGAAGACACGCUUCCUGAAAGCAUGCCUGGCCCUGCCUUCUCCUGCCUGGCAUUGCAGUGGGAGGAGCCUUGUUGCAAUGGCGCAGAAAUAACAGGCUACAAUAUUGACUAUGGGGAGCAGCUCCCCCUGUCUGUUGGGAGGACCAAUCACUGUGUGCUGGAGAAUCUGCUGCCAGAUACAACAUACAGGGUGCGUGUGCAAGCAGUCAACAGUGUCGGGCCGGGUCCUUUCAGCACUGCGCUGAAAGCCAAAACGCGGCCCCUCCCCCCUGAGCCGCCCCAGCUGGAGUGUGUUGCCACGGGCCCCCAGAGUCUGAAGCUCAAGUGGGGCGAGGGCCCGAGCAGGGCGCAGCCAAGCGGAACCACGCAGUUCUGUCUGCACAUGCAGGCCAGCGCAGACAGGCUCAUGUGCAUCUACAGCGGCCCCUGCCACACGUUCAAGGUGCAGCGGCUGGCCGAAGCCACUCUAUACCACUUCAGCAUACAGGCACACAAUGAGGCCGGGGUGGGGCCGCUCUCCACCCUCUACAGCUUCAGCACCAGCAGGUCUCCACCAGGCCAGCUCAAGGCCCCGCGCAUCGAGCAGCUGGAGUGGAAUCAGUAUGAGGUCACAUGGGAGGCCCUACCACCAAUGAGAGGAGACCCUAUGGUGUACACUCUGCAGCUGCAGCGGGGACGUGAGGCUGAGCAGCUCUACAGAGGCCCUGCUGCCACAUACAAGUGGCAAGGUGUCGUCCCAGGCUGCGACUGGCGUGUACGCGUGUGCGCGGGUCGAAAAUGCCCCGACAGCGGAGAGCUGUGGGGGCCGUACAGCCCGAGCACCUCCCUGCCUGCCAUGGAGCCCCCAGGGCCCUCAGAGGGAGGGCCCAAGGCCACAGCCAGAGAGGGCGGCACCCCCAGGACGGGAAGAGCCAUCACAGAUGAACAGUUUGCCUUGCUGCUGCUUCUGGGCUUUUCAACGGUGGCCAUUCUCUUCGCCGUGGUCAUCCAGUACUUUGUCAUCAAGUAGGUUGUCUCCCUGCACCGAAUCCCACCCCAACCGUACCCCCCUACCCCCCCCCCCCCUUUAGCCCUCUCUGAAAGACGGUGAGAAACAGCAGGAUGAGAAUCCAGGCUUGCUUAUUCACCUAGUCACACAAGAAGCUCUGCUGCAUCCCAGUGGAGAUAUUUUCAGUUUCCUAUUCCUGCUGUUGUUGUUCGUUGAUGUUCUUGUUGCUGUUGUCAUUGUUGUUAAUGUUAAAUGUUAUAUAUUUACAGCAAUAGGUACUUUCCAUGUUGUGAUUUUGCCCUCUCUUCAUGACCAAUGUGAACUGUGACUUAACGGGCGAUUUAGUGCGAUCUGGUGGCGAGACGCGUCCAGUCGCGAGUGGUCUGAGAUGGAGGUGACAUGGGAAGAAGCGGGCUUCUGGCUGCCGUGCGUGCUGACGGUGGCAGCCAUGCGACAGGAAAUGCGAGCGAGCAAGUGAGCAGAACUUCAUGGGCUUUUCCACAGUGUCUGAUGUCAGUCGACUGGUCGAGGUGCAAGGUUCUCUGUCAUCUGCCUUGGCUGACUGGCUGUCGUGAUUCACCAUGGAAACUCCCAGCUGCAUCAUGGGAUUUCCUUAAGACUAGGUCAUUUCAGCUUUAUACUGUACACUGUUGGUCAGAGCAACUGUGAAUUAAGCUCUGUUCUCUAUUAAACUAUGUGUGUUUUUAACAGAGGAUGGAAAAAUGAAAAGGGAGAAGUUGCCAAAGUUUUUAUAAGAGUGACAUGUAUGAAGAAAAGCUCCUCUAAGAGGGGUUGGGGGUUCCCAUAUUUUAUUUUUUUAAAGUGAUUUAAAAGAAAAAAAAAAAAAGGUAAAAGAAUCCACUAACAUAACGAAGAACUUCAAAGAGACACAAGUUACCUUGUUAAAA